CAUUUUGCCUUAAAAGAAGAUGCCUUAAAAAACAUCUUCUUGUAGUAUUAAUUUUCAAAGUGGGAAGAGAUCUAAACCCCAUAUUUACCCGUAAUUUGCAUUGUAAUAUAUGAGGAAGGAAAUCAACUUGUCCACUUGGUAACCGUAAUUACGGUUUCAAAAAUUCAAAGGUUGUCCUAACUGUUAUUACUUGUUUCCCAUCCAUCUAUGAUCCAUCUGUACACACAAAAAUAAUUGAACCCAAUAAAAAUUGGAGGGAGAAUAUUGGAAGCGUGGAAUGCUGAGAUCUGGUGGCGUUGAAACAAGAAUCGACACGAAAGUUUAGGAGAGAAGUGGUAGUGUGUAUAUGGGUGGUAGUGGUACAUUUGUUGAUGGAGUUCUUCGAUGGUUUCAUCGUCGUCCUAUCAAUGAGGAUAAUGCCUUUUUAACUCAUCCAAACAAUUUACAAAUAGCAGAAGACGAAGUUACGAUUACUGAAGACUUUGACAUUACCGGUCUAAAGCACAUCAAAGUACCCAAACGCCUUCAUUUUCCCAUCCGUUCUUCCAUGGAUCCUCUCAAAAAGAAUGCAUUGGAGACGGAAUUCUUUACUGAAUAUGGAGAGGCAUGUAGAUACCAAGUUCAGGAAGUAAUUGGCAAAGGCAGUUAUGGAGUUGUGGGGUCUGCUGUCGAUACCCAUUCUGGUGAAAGAGUUGCAAUCAAGAAAAUUAAUGAUGUCUUUGACCAUGUGUCUGAUGCCACAAGAAUCUUGAGAGAAAUCAAGCUUCUUCGGCUACUAAGGCAUCCAGAUAUUGUAGAAAUAAAGCACAUUAUGUUGCCUCCUUCUCGAAGAGAGUUUAAAGAUAUUUAUGUUGUUUUUGAAUUGAUGGAAUCAGAUCUCCAUCAGGUAAUUAAAGCAAAUAAUGAUCUUACGCAUGAGCAUUAUCAGUUUUUCCUCUACCAACUUCUACGUGGACUAAAAUAUAUUCACACAGCAAAUAUUUUUCACCGGGAUUUAAAGCCAAAAAAUAUCCUUGCUAAUGCUGACUGUAAGUUGAAGAUAUGUGAUUUUGGCCUUGCUCGUGUAUCAUUCAAUGAUGUGCCAUCAGCUAUUUUCUGGACUGAUUAUGUUGCAACUCGAUGGUAUCGUGCUCCUGAGCUAUGUGGCUCCUUUUUCUCUAAGUAUACUCCUGCUAUUGAUAUUUGGAGCAUCGGAUGCAUAUUUGCAGAGUUGCUUUCUGGAAAACCAUUAUUUCCUGGAAAGAAUGUGGUGCAUCAAUUAGACCUAAUCACAGAUUUGCUUGGGACACCUCCUCCAGAAACAGUUGCGAAGAUUAGAAAUGAAAAGGCAAGAAGAUACCUAAGUAGCAUGCGGAAGAAACAACCGGUUUCCUUUGCAAAAAAGUUUCCAAAUGCAGAUCCUUUGGCAUUACGCCUACUUGAACGACUGCUUUCAUUUGACCCUAAAGAUCGACCAUCGGCGGAAGAGGGAUUGGAGGAUCCUUAUUUCCGUGGUUUAUCAAAUGCUGAUCGUGAACCAUCUAGACCACCAAUAUCAAAGCUUGAGUUUGAAUUUGAGAAGAAAAAACUGGCAAAAGAUGAUGUUAGAGAACUCAUAUAUCGCGAGAUUUUAGAAUACCAUCCCCAGAUGCUUCAGGAGUAUCUUUCUGGUGGAGAUCAGACUAGUGGCUUUAUGUACCCAAGUGGUGUUGAUCGGUUCAAGCGACAAUUUGCACAUCUUGAGGAGCAUGCUGGUAAAGGUGAACGUAGCACUCCGCUUCAGAGGCAGCAUGCUUCCUUGCCUAGAGAGCGAGUUCCUGCACCAAAAGAUGACUCCUCUUCCCAAAACAAUAAUUGUGAAAAGAGAACUGUUUCAACAACUCUUCAGAGUCCACCAGCGCAGUCUGAGGGAUCAGAGAAUUACAAUGCUCGUAGCUUGCUGAAGAGUGCUAGCAUCAGUGCUUCUAAGUGUGUGGAAGUUAAAAGAAGAAACACAGAGGAAGAGCCAAUUGAAGAACAAAAUGAGGAAGUUGAUGGUUUGUCUCAAGACGUUGCUGCUCUUCAUGCUUAAUUCUCUGCAGUCGAGUAUGUUUGAUGUGCUCUACCACGUAACUACUUGUCCUGCAAAUCAACAUUUUGAAGUUCCACUCCUUGAUUUCAGCUAGAAGCUAACUGUAGGUGGUCAGUUCCUAUUUGUGACCAAGUAUAGGACUAGAGAAAAUGCUCCAGCUAUUUGUGGAUCGGAAACCAAAUUCUCAUUAGAUGAGAAGGUUAUUGUGACUAGUACAAAUUUGUAACGACUCCAUACCUAACGUAUGGCCUUUCUGGUUACAAAAUAUACAUGGAUGCAAACUGAUCUCUGGUCAACAACUACUAUUAUGCUGCGAUCCGAAGCAAAUUAUGGUCCAUUAUGUGAAUCCUCGUUGACCAUUUUGCUUCAUUAGACUCAUGUAUAUGGUUAUGUAUUGAUAAUAAAAUGACCAGGUUUUUUC